AUGUCCUUUAUCUACAAUGGAGAGAAGGUUACAUUGUAUGGAGAUCAAGAAUUAAUCGCAGCAGGAAGAUCAUUUAAACAGAUGGAGACACAGAAAUGGGUGGAAUAUGCUGAGUUAGACACAGAAAUGGGAGAGUUAAAUGGGUUAGAAAUGAGUCAAGAAGUUCCAGAAAAGAUUCAGCGACUGUUAGACCAAUACCCUGAAGUGUUCUCAGAACCAACACAAUUACCACCUGUACGAGGAAGGGAGCAUGCGAUAAACUUGAUGGCAGGAACAGGGCCUAUCAGUGUGAGACCAUAUCGUUACCCACAUGCAUACAAGGAGGAAAUGGAGAAGUUGGUGAGUGAGAUGUUGAAAGCGGCAGACAAAUUUCCCAUUCCACUGAUAGAUCAGUUGCUUGAUGAGCUUCACGGUGCAAAGUAUUUCUCAAAGCUAGAUUUGAGAGCUGGCUAUCACCAGAUACGAAUGUUGGAAAGAGAUGUAGAGAAGACGGCGUUCAGAACAACCAAUGGGUAUUACGAAUUCUUAGUCAUGCCUUUUGGUUUGACAAAUGCCCCAUCUACCUUUCAGGCUUUAAUGAAUGAGCUUUUUCGGCCUUUCUUGGGACAUUUCGUGCUUGUCUCCUUUGACGACAUCUUGGUAUUCAGUGCAAGUCAGGAGGAGCAUGAAGCGCAGUUGAAAAUCGUGAUGGAUAUCUUUGUGGAGAAUAAGCUAUUUGCGAACAAGAAGAACUGUUUGUUUGGGCAAACUCAAGUGGAGUACUUGGGCCAUAUUAUCUCGGAUCAGGGAGUCGCAACGGAUCCAUCAAAGACUCAGGCUAUGAAGGAUUGGCCUAACCCGAAGACAGUAAAGGAGUUGAGAGGUUUCCUCGGUCUCACAGGGUAUUAUAGACGAUUUGUGAAGGGUUAUGGAUCCAUUGCGAGACCAUUGACGGAUUUACUGAAGAAGGAUCAGUUUGAAUGGUCCAAUAGAGCAGAGAAGGCAUUUGUAGAUUUGAAAGAAGCGAUGAUGACAGCUCCAGUUUUGGCACUGCCCAACUUUUCAGACGUUUUCGUGGUUGAAUCUGACGCAUCAGGCUACGGUGUAGGCGCGGUUUUGAUGCAACAGCAGCGACCUAUAGCUUAUUUUAGUUCAGGAUUGACUGACAGAGAGCAGGUCAAGCCAAUCUACAAAAGGGAACUAAUGACUAUAGUGUUAGCAUUACAGAAAUGGAGACAUUAUUUGCUGGGAAGGAGGUUUGUUGUACACACUGAUCAAAAGAGUCUCAAGUUUCUGUUGGAACAGAGGGAGAUAUCCAUGGAGUAUCAGAAAUGGCUCAUUAAACUGUUUGGGUUUGAAUUUGAUAUAGUUUACAAACCGGGUGUGGAGAAUAAGGCAGAAGACGGGUUAUCUCGAAUUCAUCAUGAAGCUAAACAGAUGAGCUCGACUCAACUAAUGUCGAUUACGGUUCCUGCUGUUCUACAACUCCAAGACAUCUACAAGGAGAUUGCGGAGGAUGUACAGAUACAGGAUCAGUUGACACGAGUGUUAGAAGGAAAGGAAGAGAAAACAGAGUUUACUGUGAGUAAUGGACGCUUGCUGAAGAAUGGGAGAUUGGUUAUUCCACGUUCAUCGUCUCAUAUACCACUGAUUCUUAAAGAGUACCACGCGGGAGUUAUCGGUGGUCACUCAGGUGUCUUAAAGACGAUGAAGCGGAUCCAGAGUUUGUUUUAUUGGAGGAAGAUGGUGAAAGAUAUUCAAACGUUUGUCCAGGAAUGCGAGGUGUGUCAGAGGCAUAAGUAUUCCACGUUACGUCCUGCAGGGUUGCUCCAACCAUUACCUAUACCAUAUAACAUUUGGGAAGACAUCUCCAUGGAUUUCAUAGAAGGACUUCCUCUUUCACAGGGUGUCAAUGUGAUUUUGGUAGUGGUGGAUCGACUAAGCAAAUUUGCUCAUUUCGUGAGGUUGAGACACCCUUUCACAGCCAUGGACGUGGCGAACAAAUUUGUCCAAGAGAUAGUACGGCUACAUGGAUUUCCUCGCUCCAUUGUGUCGGAUCGUGAUAGAAUCUUUUUGAGUUCCUUUUGGAAGGAAAUGUUUCGUCAAGCAGGAACACAGCUCAAGUUCAGCACCGCGUUCCAUCCACAAUCUGAUGGACAAACAGAGGUGUUGAAUCGUUGCUUAGAGACAUACCUCCGUUGCUUUGCUUCAUCGCAUCCGAAAUCGUGGGCUAAGUUUUUGUCUUUGGCGGAGCUGUCGUAUAACACAAACUAUCACACGGCGAUCGGCACUACUCCAUUUCAAGUUGUUUAUGGCAGAUCACCACCAAGCCUAUUGAGAUUUGAGGAGAAAUCAACAGCAAACUUUGAUUUGGAGGUGAUGCUUAAGGAGAGAGAUGUGGUGCUAUGGAGUAUUAAGGAGAGUUUGAUAUCAGCUCAAGCCCGUAUGAAGAAUAAUGCCGAUAAACAUAGACGAGAGUUGGAGUUUGCUAAAGGUGACAAGGUUUUUCUGAAGUUGAGACCGUAUAGACAACAAUCGGUGUCAAAACUUCUGUAUCAGAAGCUGGCUGCUCGUUUCUAUGGUCCUUUUGAGGUGUUGGAGCGGAUUGGAUUGGUGGCGUAUCGCCUGAAGUUACCGGAGGGGUCUAAGAUUCAUAACGUGUUUCACGUUUCUCAGCUAAAACCGGUGUUGGGUUCUGGUCAUCAGGUUUCCUCACUUCCUACAUCUUUUGACCAGCGUCCUGAGUUGAUUAUCGAACCGGAAUUAGUGUUAGAGACACGUUAUGAUAACGGUGGCCAUUUAGAAGCGUUGGUACAAUGGAAAGAUCUUCCUGAACACGAGAAGACGUGGGUUCGUGCUUCAGAGUUACUCAAGGAUUUCCCAGAACUUGAGGACAAGCUUCUUCUUGACGAGGGGGAUCUGACUGUGGAACAGAAUAUCGAUGACGGUGUGGAAGAGUUGACUGUUAUCAUCCCUUCUUUGCUGAGAUUAACCGUCUUUCGUUCUGACGGACGUGACCCUGAUAAGGCUGUGAUUAAAUGUCCCUCUUUGAAGUAUUUCAAAGUGACAGAUCGUAGUGGUCCUACUUCACCACGAUUUAUUGAGAAAAUGCCAAAGCUUGAAGAGGCAGAUGUUGACAUUCUGUUCUGCGAUAUUGGGAAAUUUCUCACUGCUGUCACAUCUGUCAAGCGUCUUUCGAUAUGCUUACAGGGACAUAUUCCCGUGCCUGUGUAUCCUCUUGGUAUUUACUUCCAUCAACUUGAACAACUGAAGCUAUGUAUUUGUGCUGAAGACUGGUCCAACUUACUUUUCCAAUUUCUCAGAGAUUCUAAGAAACUACGAGACCUUGAUCUCUACAUCAAAGAUGAACAUAUACCAUAUCGUGGCCGGAAUUAUCACUUGUAUGUUCCUAAAUGUUUCUUGAUUGGUAGUCUUGAAACAUUCAAGUGGACAGGAUAUGGAGGAUCAUCAGAACAGAGAGAGAUUGUGUCAUUUAUCUUCAACGGUGCGUAUCGCUUAAAGACUGCAACAAUGGUGGCAAUGCCAUAUUUUCGUCCUUGGGAAAAAAAGGAGAUGCUUUAUGGCUUGGUAGUUCUUUACCGAUCUUCACCAACAUGCAAAUACACGGUUGUUUGA